ACGUCGAGUCUGAAGAUCCGGGAAAAAAACAGGAAGCAACGAGGAAGUGUAGCUAGCAACCAACAGGCAGAGCACCAACUCCAGCAGCGGCUCUCUAACCUGUGACACUGUUUGUUCGCGUCACCUCACAGCACGACACCAAGAAAUGCCUGAGAUACAGGUACCGAGGAUUCAAGCUGUGGUCACCAGCGCUAGUGACGGACUGGAGGGUUUCAAGGCGCAUGCUGUGUUCCAGGAAAUCAACAAGAAGCUGCAGGAGGAAGGAGAGCAGUUUGUGAAAAAGAUUGGUGGAGUGUUUGCCUUCAAAGUAAAGGACGGCCCAAAUGGACAGGAGGCGACGUGGUUCGUGGAUGUGAAGAACGGCAAUGGCUGUGUUCACAAUGACACGGCUAAAAAAGCAGACUGCACCAUUUCCAUGUCGGACACAGACCUGCUGGCCUUGAUGACAGGGAAGAUGAAUCCACAGACUGCAUUUUUCCAGGGCAAGCUGAAAAUCACAGGAAACAUGGGACUGGCCAUGAAGCUUCAGAACCUGCAGCUUCAACCGGGCAAGGCCAAGCUGUAAGAUGCAACAUCUGAGCUUAGCUGUAACUACACCUCUCAACACUGAAUGGAAUUAACCAUGAAGAAUUUAACAGCAAAUGUGGUUUCAGAUAAAUGUUAAAGUUCCUCAUCACUGGACUGAACCACUUUUUGUACUAAUGACCUCACUGAGCGACCAGGGGAUUAGUCAGCAACCUGCCAAGCUAACUGGAGGAUAAGAAUAGAUGGACAGAUAAUUAAUUCUCAAGAUAAUCCUUUCAGUACACCGGGGUAGAGACAGGUGCCCAUACUUAUUCACUUUAUGUCCAGUUUUCAAUAACCUUCCAAAGUUUGUCACUAAUGAAAUCUUUCUUUGUGUGUACUGGGUCUUGGAAAUGUUUUGAGUAGAGCAGAUUGAUGUCAUUUUCCACAAUCAUGGACACAACAGUCUAAGUGCCUCCUCGUCUCAGACUUGCAGUUUGCUCUAUGGUUUUUAGCCAACAACAUAGAACUCUUUUUCACUGUGGGCAUCCGAUGUUAUACCAGGGGGGGUGUUAUUUUCUGCAGUGCUAUCAUUACUGUAUGAAGAUUUCUACUAAAUAAAUUUGUCUUUGCUGGAACAUUCA